AUGACUGAGUCUGAUUUUAUAAUUUCAUUAAAUUUUUUAAGUAUAAUUCUCAGUACACUUGGAAUGAUUAUUGGAUGUGAUAUAACAACAAAUGCAAUUACACAAGGAUUAACAACUAUGGUUUUUUGGGGCAUUACAGUAAUAUCAAUAAUAUAUAAUGAUUCAAAAAUUUUGGAUUAUAAACCAACUGAGAUUGAAUUUGAAAAGGACAUAAUAGUUUCUACAGCUUUUAUAAAUUUUUUAAAUGCAUUUCUAAAACCAAUACUAUUAAUUAUUCCAUCAACUGUUCAAGGUGUGAUCCUAUAUCCUAAAUAUGAUAAUAUCAUCAUAGUAGUUACUGUUAUUUUAUCUGUUGCAGCAUCACUCAUAUUUCUGCAUCGAAAAGUUCAGAUGUCUCAGGCUCAGGAACCUCAAAUGCAUCCAAAACCUAAAAUAUUUCCAGAACUUAAUGAAAUUCUUGGAUUUCUAAAACUUUUUUUUGUGGAGUUAAAGACAAUUUUUCUUAAAUUUUGUUUAUUUGGUGAUCUGUGCAAUUUCUAA